AUGGAAUCAAAUCAAGUACAAACAUAUCCAAUCACUCAAGCAGAACAAUCUGACGAUAAAGAAAAAGUAGUACUUCGAGCUCUAGUUGGUGAUCCAAAUCGGCAUAGACCAUUAGCACAGCAUCCAUCACCGACUACAAGCAAGUCUCAAAAUGCAAUACCAGCAUCAAUGUAUACACUUGAAACUCGAUAUCGAUCAAUUCCAUCAAAGGUAUUACCAAAAUCAACGGAAGCAACAUUCUAUUAUAUUGAACCUAAACAAGUAGAACAAACUUCACCACGUAGUGUUCCAUUGUCGAAAGAAGAACGCGAGACAUCACAACCUUUCGAAUCGGAAGGAUUGAACGCUGUAGAAGAAGAAAAAGAAUCUCAAGCAACUGCAUUUCUCGAACCUAAAAUUAUUUCACAACCUGUUCUUUACAGUAUUGUUGCAACGAAAAGUCCUUCGGUUCAAAAUGAUCAACCAAUUCCUGCUAAUCAAGAUGUAGAUUCACCUAUACUCUAUACAAUAACUGGUAAAUCCAAUCUUCCAAAUAUAGAUAUGAGUGGAAAUAAUUCAAAUAUUGAAACACCUGUUGUUAACAAAUCUGCUAAUUUUUAUUCUUUGGUUGGCAAUCCACGCGUUUCAGCACAACCUCAAGAACCAAUAUCAAAAACUUUACAACAACCAUUACCUAAUCUUUAUUCAAUUGUUGGAAGUCCAACACUUUCACCAAAUAUGCUACAAGCAAAUACAUAUGAUUCAACUACUUCGACACAACCAGUAAAAACUAAUUCUGUUCAACCGGAACCAAUUUUAUAUACAGUAGUUGAUGAAAAACAAAAGCCAACUAAUAUACCAAAAGAAAAUCGUCCACCACCUACAGCACCUAUUAAAAAACAAGCAAAAGAGGCUGUUUUAUAUACAGUUAUCGGAGAUCCUAGUAUGCCUCAAUCAAUGACACCUGCUCGCAAAACUCAACCAUUAAAACCACAAGCAUUACCACAACAAAUUCAAACACCUACUUUGUACCCAUUAAUUGGCAAACCAAAUCCACCAUUGAUGACAAAAAUGAAUAUUCGACCAAAACCAUCUGUAUUAAAGAAGACAUCAUCAUCUACUGAACUUCGUACUAGACGAACUAAUCAAAGUCUUGAACGUCAAGUAGCACCGGAAGCAGUAAUCGAGGAAAUUACUUCUAUUUCAGAUACAAAACAUAAACGUCAAACGAAAUCACAAGAAUUAACAAUACAAAAAUCAGAAACCAUAUUUAUUCCUCUUCCUGAACGCCAACAUGUAUCACGUUCAAAACAACUUCGAACAACUCCUCGUAAUAUAAGUCCUGGACAAAUAAAUCAUAAACCGAGUAGGAUUCCACGUUACGAUCCAUUUUAUUCAUCUGAUUAUAUUUCACCUUAUCUUUAUCAUCCAUCAAAACCAUAUCGUGAACGAAAAUAUAAUCCUAAAUUAUUACCUGUUAUAACAAAUAAUUCUUCUGAACGUAAAACAAGACCAUUAAUUCAUGAAUCUCGUCAUCGAGUCGAACAAAAACAUCCAUGCGAUCCACGAAUGCCUCAUUCUUUGGAGAGAUAUCCUAUUAAUACAAAGCAACACCCUCGUGUAUGGGAUUUUGAAGAACAUGCUCAAACCGAUGGUGAUGAUGAUAUGAAUGAAGCAACAUUAAACCGACGAAAAGAAUUUUAUCGAAGAAUUCGACCACGUACACCAUGGGUACCUGUUUGGUAA